AUGGAGAAGGGCGGCGGCAAAGGCGGGCCCUCCUCGUCGAGCCCCGUCGUGGUGGUGGUCGGCGGCGGUAUAGCGGGGCUCGGGGCGGCGCAGCGGCUCUGCCGGCAGUCGGUAUUCCGGAAUCUGCGGCUCCUGGAGGCCACUGACCGCUGCGGGGGCCGCAUCUGCUCUCAGCCCGCCUUCGGUGGUGUGAUUGAGAUUGGGGCGCACUGGAUUCAUGGGCCCUCCGAGAACAACCCGGUCUUCCAGUUGGCUCUAGAGUAUGGCCUGCUGGGUGAGAAAGAGAAGUCGGAGGAAAAUCAGCUGAUUGAAAUUGGUGGCCACCCUGGUCUGCCCUCUCUGUCCCUCUCCAGCUCUGGCAAAAAUGUGAAUCUCAAGUUGGUAGAAGAGGUGUCUAAUCUGUUUUAUACUCUAUUAGACCAAACGCGUGAGUUCCUUCAUAUGGCAGAGACCCCUGUCCCCAGCGUGGGGGAAUACCUGAAGAAGGAGAUUGCUCAGCUCAUGGUUGAUUGGACAGAAGAUGAAGCAACCAAGCACCUUAAACUGGCCAUCCUGAACACCUUCUUCAACCUAGAAUGCUGUGUGAGUGGGAGCCACAGUAUGGAUUUGGUUGCCCUUGGAUCCUUUGGGGAAUACUGCACAUUGCCAGGGCGAGAUUGUACCUUUUCUGAGGGGUAUGAAGGGCUUACAAACUGCAUAAUGACUUCUUUGCCGAAAGAUGUUAUACUGUUCAACAAACCAGUGAAGACCAUUCACUGGAAUGGCUCCUACAGACAAGAAAAUUUUCCAGGAGAGACAUUUCCAGUACUAGUGGAAUGUGAAGGAGGAGAGAAGUUCCCAGCACAUCAUGUUAUAGUUACUGUACCCUUAGGUGUUCUCAAAGAGCAAAUGAAUACCUUAUUCAGCCCACCACUACCCCGUAGGAAAACAGAAGUGAUCAGGAGAAUGGGCUUCGGAACCAACAAUAAAAUAUUCCUGGAGUUUGAAGAACCUUUCUGGGAACCAGACUGCCAGCAGAUCCAGGUGGUGUGGGAGGACACCUCGCCCUUGGAGGAUGUCAGGGCUGAGCUCCAGGACAUAUGGUUCAAAAAGCUCAUUGGCUUUUUAGUCCUGCCUCCUUUGGAGUCCACAUAUGUUCUCUGUGCGUUCAUUGCUGGACUGGAAUCAGAAUUUAUGGAAACACUUUCUGAUGAGGAAGUGCUUUCAUCUCUGACGCAAGUCUUAAGGAGAAUAACAGGAAAUCCACAGCUCUCCAGGCCUAGGAGUGUGAUCAGGUCCAGGUGGCACAGUGCCCCCUACACCAGAGGCUCUUAUAGCUACGUUGCAGUUGGCAGCUCUGGAGAAGACAUUGAUAUGCUUGCCCAACCCCUUCCUGCAGACUUCUUAAUCCCCCAGUUACAGAUCCUUUUUGCUGGGGAAGCCACCCAUCGGACAUAUUACUCUACCACCCAUGGUGCUCUGCUGUCAGGGUGGAGGGAAGCGGAUCGCCUCAUCAGCCACUGGGACUCAGAGGCCCAGCAGCCAAAACCCAAGCCCUGAGACCUUCCUCCUGCUUCUGCUUUGCUCCCAAUGCUGUUCCUCUCCGAUGGCUUCACGAUUGUUUAGUUAUUAGCCACUGUUUC